AUGGGGGACUCCCCACCUCCGGAACGGGGGCGUCGUGGAUCAGUGGUGGAUUUGACGAAGAAGAGGGUCUCGAUGGCUUGUUUGGCGUGUAAGAAGUCGAAGCGGAAGUGCUCUGGUGUCGCCCCCUGCGAUAAUUGUCGCGCGUUCGGUCGACAAUGUGUUUUCGAUGAAACCCUCGACCAGCGCCGGCGCGUCGCUGCAAAACGCACCGCCGAUGAACUGGGUUACCAUCGAGAUAUGCUCAACGACCUCCUGAAGGUGAUGCGCGCCGAAGACCAAUUCUACGCCCUUCGACUCCUCGAGAUCAUCCGGCGGGAUGCGACCUCGGAGGAAAUCAGAGCGCACAUCGAUGAUACACUCGCACAGAUUGAAGACACCGGGAAGGAAAGCGAAGAUGUCAUCCGGAAACUCGAGGACGUGCGGAGAGUGAUUAAUGUCGAGGGGGCCGGACCGUCGUUUCGUCCCAAGGUCAUGGAUAUCCAUUACCUUUGUGAUGAGGUACCGUAUCGGGUGCCAGCGAAGCCGUGGACGACGGUCACCGAGGAUGCGGAUUUAGUGUCGCAUUUGGUAUCGUUGUAUUUUACUUGGGAUUACCCCUUCCAUGCGUUUUUGGAUCGGGAUGUGUUCUUGAAGCAUAUGGCAAGUGGGGAUACGAAUUCAGAGCUCUGUAGUCCUUUCUUGGUCAAUGCGUUGUUGGCGAAUGCUUGUCACUUCUCCGAUUACUCAGAGGCAUAUGUCCACCCUGGUGACAUGGUGACAAAAGGAAAUGAUUUCCUGGCAGAAGCUGAACGACUGAAAGAUGAAGAAUCGACAAGAUUGACUCUGCCCUAUCUCCAAGGAACUCUCUUACUAUAUGAAAAGUUCUCCCUCUCCGGGGAAAACGAUCUGGGGUAUAAAAUGCUUCAUCAGGCGAUAUGGAUCGGUGAGUCCCUAGGGUUGAUUGGCCCGAAGAAACUGAGCGUGGACCUCGGCCAGAUCUCACAAGAUAUGGAUGCCUCUUUAAAGCAGACAGCUUGGGGUUUGUUCCAUAUAGACACGGUUGUGCAUACCGACUUUCUGCGGCCGAGUCUCAUAGACAAGAUCAACCUUGAUCGACCGAAUAGACACUGGGCUGAUGAGAUGGCAUUGUGGAUUCCGUACCCCUCUCAUCGACCUCCUCGACCUUCCUACCUCAGACAGUACUUUGACGAGUCGUGUAACCUGUGCGAGAUCGCUCGAGACAUGUCGCAGCGUUUGUUUUCCAUUGACGAAGCCCUGAGCUCUGCGGAGGAUCAGCGCCGAACCAAGGAAGCCUUGUACGAAAGGCUCCGUCGUUGGUACGCUGGGUUGCCGAGAACCUUCGAUACUGCCCGAAAGCCAACCCCGUACGUGAUCAUGCUAAGGAUGCAAUAUCACACGUUGGUAAUCAAUUUAUUCCUCUUCAAGAUCAAUGACAACACGCCCAGCACCGAGGCAGAAAGCCUCACAACACCCCAAAGUCCCAAAUCUCCAGCUUCUCUGUCAAUAAUAUCAAGAUGCAAUGCUGAAGUUAUUACGCAGUCAGCUGCACGGGCGAUCGCCGCUCUAGCACGUCUACAUCGAAAAGAAUAUGGAAUGGGCCGAGCGCACCACUUUGCCAUGUACGCCAUCAACCUAGCUCUGUUUGCUCUACUGGAACAGCCAAACUUCGACAUCCUGGAUCAAGAUUUUUUGAGUCUGGCCAGUGCUUUUUCGAGGAUUGCGAGUCGCUCGCACCUGGGCCGAAAUUUAUUCCAUCUAUUUCGACAACAUGUGCGGGCAAAACGUCAGGGCAGGCGGAUUCGUGAAUCUCACCUGGCCAACGACGAGCUGAAGGUACUGUUUGAUGAAGAAGCCACCUCUCCAUCUCUGUGGGAUGAGUAUGCUCAGGGACUAGAGAAACUAAAUGAGGAUACACGGUACCAUGGUAUCCGCAUUGAGGGCGACCACAGUUUGUUCGAGAUGCUGGACCGGUACGAGAGUUUGAGCUUGGGCAAGGAUGAAAUCGCACCCGAGAGGCCGCGUCCUGGGGAGCACGAGUAUAUUCCCUGCUGA